GGCAAGUCAUAUCAAAUCCUGUCAAAUUUUGUGUUUUUCGUUUUGUUUUCUCACAUAAUUUUUGGUCAAAAUGCUUAUAUACCAAAUAGAAUAUUUCUAUCCGGCUCUUCUGAUCACAGCUGUCAUAUCGUUAGCCAUUCUGCAGUGGGGCAUUCGUGUUGCAAUUAAGCCCAGAAUAUCAAGCACCCCGAAAAGUCCAAUAAAAACUGAAGUAAACAACAGAAGAAGGAAAAACGUGUCCGCCAUGCAGCAGAACCACAGGAACGGCAGCAACAUCAUGGGAAAUUCGCAGAAUCGAGCGGCGAGCACCGAUGAGAAGUCACCGCCAGGUGGCGCCAGUCUAGUGCGGAUGGGGGUCGGCGGGGGCGGAGUGGGUGGAGUGGGCGCGGCCCUGGUCGAAAGGCGGAACAGCAGAGUCCGCGUCCUCAGCCGCCUGAUGGGUCAGAAGCGCAUUCGCGAGGCAUUCCUGCACUCGCCGAAAACCGAAUCGAGUUCAGAGGUCAACUUGGCCGGCAACGGCAGCGGCAACGGCGACGGAAGCGGCGAUUUGACCGCAGCGGAAGCGGAAGUGGAGCACGGACAAUUGGAUGCCAGCGCCGAGCAAAUAGAUUUUCACGACGUGGUCAGUUUGGACUACACCGACUCGCUGGAGUACCACAAUUGCAGCAGCGACGACUGCUACGAUUGCUACGCCUCCAACGACACCCUCACUCAGCACGAGAACCAGGAGCUGCAGCAGCGACGGAGGCAGAGCCAUCAGAAUCACCAUCACAAUCAUAAUCAGAAUCAGAAUCUGGUUCAGAAUCAGAAUCACCCAGUCCAUCAAGACCAUCGCCAUUUCGUGUGCGAUCGCAGGUCGUUGUGCAGCAGCUGCUCAAGCAAUGAUUCCCUAUUCACAGAUCCCGUGGACGAACUGCUCAAGUCCAAGCACUGCUUAGGCGCAGCCAAGACCGGAGUGCACCAGCACCAGCAGCCCAAGCGGGAUCGACCACUGAGCGAAAUAAGCGUGACCUCGGCGGACACGUUGUCGCCGAGCACCGCGAAGGCGGUCCUUGAGCUGCAGAAGCGCUGCCGGGCGGACAAGUUGGCCUGCCUGAGCCUCACCCCAGUCAGCUUCCUCAGCAUAGCCAAUGGUGCUCCGGAGGUGGGGCAGGCGGACCCGGCUACACUGCUCGACAGCGAUCUCCUGGUAGCACCCAACAGCCCGCCGGAGAGCUCUCCGGACGAGGAGCUCAUGGCCUUGCAGCUCGGCAAGAAGUUGGCCCAAGUCCUGGGCAGUGGAACCGGCUCCACGCCUCUGACCCCCGGAAAUAUGGAGGGACCGGACAGGACAGGAUCCGCUCCCCGCGUUGAUUCCCCUUUGGGAAACGGGGAGCUCUUCAACGUCUCCAAGGCGAAGAAGGUGGAGCUGCAGAACCUCUCAUCGCGUUUCGCCGCCGCCGUCUCCCAAACACCUCCGUCUUCAACCCCGAAUGAAUCAGGACCUGCAGGACCUUCGGGAGCAGGAGCUUCAGGAACGCCGUCGCUGGAAACGCAAUCAACUGUUAUAAUUUCGUUUAAAUCAUCUCAAACACCUGUGCAGUCUCAAACGAAUUCGGUUGAAAAUGUGGAGGAUGACACGGCGCCGCUGCCACUCCCCCCGCCGCCCCCCGGCUUCGGCACGCCCACCACGCCCCUUCUGUCGAGCAACGUGCUGAAGAAGGUCGCCAGCUUCACGGUCGAGAAAUCGUCGGCGGGCAAUAAUAGCUCCAAUCCGCCGACUUUGGGCCCCGGCGACGAGACAACCCUCUUGGCCACUCCGAGCUCCUCCGCCCUCCCGCUGGCCACCCUGCCGCCCGAACUUUCAGGGGGCGUGGCUGGGGGCGCCGGCUCGCGACGCGGCUCAUCUUAUGUACCGGAAAAGUUAAGCUUCGCUGCAUACGAAAAGUUCGAAGGUCAGAUGCUGGUGAAAUGGCUAAUCUCGACGAUGCAGAGCAACCCGAGGAGCGCCUCCAACGACCUCAGCCAGGAGCUGUUCAACUCCCUGGCGCUGCAGUUCUGCAACAAUCUCAGAUACGUCGGCGUCCUCAAGCAGAUCUCCAAUGAGCACUCGGAUGGCGGAUUUAGCCCGUAUGAAAUGUACCAAUGGACGCACACGGAGCAGCCGACGACCUCGUUGCCGUUGACCCCCGGGAAACUGGACAAGGUGGCCGCCUGGCCCUUUUCCAGCACUCCCUCCGGAAUCCGAGCCCUGGAGUCGGCCUCCCUGGCCUCCGUGACCUCCGCGGGAGCAGGAGUGGUCGGAGCAUCGCUGGCAAACAAUGGGGUGGCUCCCGCGACCGCUGACCACCAGAGAACCCUGCAGCAGAUCCUCAAGAAGCGCCUCCUCAACUGCGCCACUUUGGCGGAGGUCCACGCGGUGGUGAACGAGCUGCUCAGCAGCGUGGACGAACCUCCUCGGCGUCCCUCGAAGAGGUGUGUCAACCUCACGGAUCUGCUGAACGCCAGCGAGGCGACGGUCUACGAGUACAACAGAUCCUCGGGGAUCGAGGGAAGUUCCACGAAGGGAGUGGCAGAUGCAGGCACUCAAACGGAAACGGAAGUCGCGGAGUGCGAGGGCAGCUGCAAGUGCAGACUGAAGGAGGAGAGUGGGGAAGGCGCAGCUGCCCCUCCGCCUCCCGCCCCUGCGCUCCUCGCCCCGCCCCCUCCGCCACCGCCUCCGCCGCCGCCGCCAGCCUUCGCUGCUCCGCCACCUCCGCCCGCACCGCCCGCCAACUACGGAGCUCCCCCGCCCCCUCCGCCGCCGCCGCCCGGCAGUGGGGCUGCCCCGCCCCCGCCUCCGCCCGCUCCGGUGGAGGGAGCCGCCGGAAUACCCCCUCCGCCGCCGCCCAUGAGCGCCUCCCCCUCGAAGACGCCGCUCUCGCCCGCCCCGCUUCCGGAUCCCGCCGAAGGCAAUUGGUUCCAUCGCACAAACACGAUGCGCAAGAGCGCCGUUAACCCGCCGAAGCCGAUGCGUCCUUUGUAUUGGACGCGGAUCGUGACGAGCGCCCCGCCCGCGCCACGCCCCCCGGUGGCCAACUCCACGGACAGCACGGAGAACAGCGGCAGCUCACCGGACGAGCCUCCGGUGGCAGCAGGCGCUGGGGAGGCCACGCCCCCCGCCCCGCCCACCAAGGAGAUAUGGACGGAGAUCGAGGAGACGCCGCUGGACAACAUCGACGAGUUCACGGAGCUCUUCUCGCGCCAGGCAAUCGCGCCGGUCAGCAAGCCCAAGGAGCUGAAGGUGAAGCGGGCCAAGUCGAUAAAGGUGUUGGAUCCGGAGAGGUCGCGCAACGUGGGCAUCAUCUGGCGGAGCCUGCACGUGCCGUCCAGCGAGAUCGAGCACGCGAUCUACCACAUCGACACGUCGGUGGUGAGCCUGGAGGCGCUGCAGCACAUGAGCAACAUCCAGGCGACGGAGGACGAGCUGCAGCGGAUCCGGGAGGCGGCCGGCGGGGACAUCCCCUUGGAUCACCCGGAGCAGUUCCUGCUGGACAUCUCGCUCAUCUCGAUGGCCAGCGAGCGGAUCUCGUGCAUCGUCUUCCAGGCGGAGUUCGAGGAGUCGGUCACCCUGCUGGCCCGCAAGCUGGAGACGGUUGCCCAGCUCUCGCAGCAGCUGAUCGAGAGCGAGGACCUGAAGCUGGUCUUCUCCAUCAUCCUGACCCUGGGCAACUACAUGAACGGGGGCAACCGGCAGCGCGGCCAGGCCGACGGCUUCAACCUGGACAUCCUGGGCAAGCUGAAGGACGUCAAGUCCAAGGAGUCGCACACCACCCUGCUGCACUUCAUCGUCCGCACCUACAUCGCCCAGCGGCGGAAGGAGGGAGUGCACCCGCUGGAGAUCCGCCUGCCCGUCCCGGAGCCGGCGGACGUGGAGCGGGCCGCCCAGAUGGACUUCGAGGAGGUGCAGCAGCAGAUCCACGACCUCAACAGGAAGUUUCUGGGCUGCAAGCGGACCACGGCGAAGGUCCUGGCCGCAUCCCGGCCGGAAAUCAUGGAGCCCUUUAAGUCCAAGAUGGAGGAGUUCAUCGAGGGGGCGGACAAGUCGAUGGCCAAGCUCCACCAGUCGCUCGAGGAGUGCCGCGAGCUGUUCCUGGAGACGAUGCGCUUCUACCACUUCUCCCCCAAGGCCUGCACCCUCACCCUGGCCCAGUGCACGCCGGACCAGUUCUUCGAGUACUGGACCAACUUCACCAACGACUUCAAGGACAUCUGGAAGAAGGAGAUCACCAGCCUCCUCAACGAGUUGAUGAAGAAGUCGAAGCAGGCCCAAAUCGAGUCGCGCAGGAACGUCUCGACAAAGGUGGAGAAGUCCGGGCGGAUCUCGCUGAAGGAGCGCAUGCUCCUGCGGCGCAGCAAGAACUAGUUAGUUUAGUUAGCUUUAAGCCCCGCUACGAUAUAUUUUUUACCUCUAGUUGCUUUUACUACGCUAUGCAAAGCAAAUUUCUCGUUACACGGAUCAUUCUCCGCUAUCCUUAAGUUACGAAAUUGUACGGACACUUUUACGCAGGCGUGGCUCUACAAAUAAAACGUCCUCUCGCUAUUGUGAUCUUA